CAGCAUCCCUGGUCUCCGGCAGCUGCGAACGCUUAGCCAUGGGAGCAUUUAUAAGACAAAUCAGCUUUACGAUGCCUUGAAAAGGUCUCUUGGGUACAAAUCCCUAUUUGGUGGACGACGAGAAGACGAUACAUUAUAUACGCCUAAGGUAGCUAUGACAUCCACUAAUGAAGAAGGGCGAAAAGCAGUCAUCAUCGCAAAUUACAACCGAAGCAGCAGCGUAGGAUCCGGAAAGCGAAGAAGAUCGAAGAAGCUAUACGAGUUCCAAAGACCGGAUGACCCCUCCUCAGAACUGAAGUAUUGGGAGGCAGCAGCCGCUACAGCUGCAGCCCCACCAUACUUCAAGACAUUCUAUCACCCGGCAACACGACGUUCAUAUUUUGAUGGGGCAUUCUACAACAACAAUCCAGCAAGAAUUGCCCAACAAGAACGCAAGGUUCUCUGGCCAGAUGUCGCAGACCAUGCCCCCGACAUUUUUCUCUCCAUCGGCACAAGCAAAGAUGCCCGGCAGCUGGACAAGGACAUUCGAGACUUAGAGGAUGAAUUGGAAAACUCGGAACCCAGCAGCCGAGGACCAAAAAUUCUAUUUCCAAGAUGGUAUCAAUUGUUCAAUGCAGCGAAUGGCAGAUUGGACAAUAUACUUGAUGCCGAGGUAUCAUGGAGGGAUUUCCUCAGCAGUAAUACUACUAGCACUACAGAAGAUCGUUACAUCAGAAUCAAUCCCAACAUUGGCUCCAAACCCCCCGAGCUUGAUGCGAUCAGCCAGAUGGAAUCACUGCGAGAUGAUACAAGAAGAGCACUUAGAAGGGAAAGGUUAACUAUACAGGAUGUUGGCCGAUCAUUGAUCUCUAGCAGCUUUUAUUUUGACAUGACAAAUCCCCCCAGCCCAGAAGGAGCAACUCGUUUCAAGUGCACAGGUCGAAUUCUCUGUCGACUCGGGGGCUAUCUACGUGCAUUUGGCGACUACUUCUUGCUUCAGCAGAGACCAGGGUUUCAACCCUAUUUUGAGAUAUCCGAGGACACGUAUCAUGCUCCCAAGCAACAGUUAGAUCUUAGUUCUGAGAUCAUCAAACGGAUGAAAGAACAAGGCGCGUUUGACAUGAGCACCUUUGACAUCAUGCUGUCCUCUCGUACCGCCCGCGUGAAUAUUGUUUUAUUUCUUAUACCGACUGGGUCCGGCCCGGGGGAACCAUUGCCAUAUCCCCUCAGUGGGUUUCCGAGGACGCUCGUAUCAGAGGCGUCAUCUGGAAGAGUUCCCAAAACUUCGUCAAGUAGUGGUGUGCGCACACAUAAAACACAACAUACGCUAAGAAGAGAGCGCAGAAUGCGAGCGUCAACUGAUUGCGACCCUCAGACAUUUGGUCAAGGUCUACGACCACAGGCAUCCAGGAGCUUCUCCGAUCCCGAGCGAAGUAGAAGUGCCCUUGGCGGUGAAUGGAGACGAGUGAUUGGAGCAGAACUCGAUGCACCCCUUGGACCGUACCGCCAGGCUCCACCAUCAAGCCUUAGCAACAGCGAUAUAUUACCUUCGAGACGAGUAAUUGGAGCAGAACUCGAUGUACCCCUUGGAGCGUACCCCCAGGCUCCAUCACCAGGCUUUAAUAACAGCGAUAUAUUAGCUGACAGCAUGGCGGGGUCGUUGAAAACGCAGUAUCAGGCUAGACAGACAUCACCACCGACUAUCAGGUUCGAACUACCUACUCGACCAGAAUCGAGCAAAAGGCAACAAGAACGUGAACCGAUGGCCGAAGCCAAACGCCAUAGCUCCCCUGUGCCUGGAUCUACAGCACAUGGCGGGGGACCUUCACGAAAUGAUGGCAGACGUGGUACCUCUGACCGCAUUGAGCUAGAUGCCGAAAGUCCGCGUCAAAUCGAAGUCCCAAGAGAAAGUCGACGAACCUCCUUACAGCCGCCAAGACAAACGCCGUCCAAUCGAUCAUGGGAUUCCAGCCCAAGUUUAGCCAUGACGGCAACAUCACGCGGUGGAACCUAUCAUGACAGCUCAAAUGUAAGGGACAUGCUUCGAGCUCAAAGGCGCGCGAGAUUCAACACGGAAUCGGAGCCCGAAGACCCCAUAAGGCAAAAUAGAGCGUUUGAACUCCCGGCCUCGACCCAGCGAAUUUCAUCCAGUCGAAGAGUUGUCAGGGAGCGAGGUCCACUCUCUGAUCUGGAACAUAAAUUAUCACCACGGUACCUACAACCGGCAUACAAUGGGUACGCUUCAGAAGAAGAUGUUAGCCAGCUUGGAUCAUCGACGGUUGAUUACCGUGACUAGUGAGAUGCAGCAUUUUGAAUAAUUGACGAAGGGCAAAUUUGUAUGUAAUGAUGCUAUGAGAUAUGACAUGAGAUGGUGAACCGAUAAUGGCUUUGCAAAUUGAGUUAGUUCGAUUUCGGAUACCCUUGCUUUAUAAUAAUUGGAUUUGGCUCUGGCGUAUUUCUAGAUUUCGAGAAUAAUGUUCUAUACUAUGGUCCUCUAUCAGUCACCGAUGAGCAGCGCAAAAGAAUCAGAAGAACGAGUGAAAUGGC